AUGUCAAAAAUACCUAGAAACUUUAAGUUGCUUGAGGAGUUGGAAAAAGGUGAAAAAGGGUUGGGUGCUCAAUCGAUUUCAUAUGGAUUGACAAACCAAGACGACAUCACUAUGACGAACUGGAAUGGUACCAUUUUGGGCCCCCCACACUCGUCUCACGAGAACAGAAUUUACUCCUUGAAUAUCGUUUGUGGCCCUAAGUACCCAGAUCUACCACCCCAAGUCACUUUUGUAUCCAAGAUCAAUCUUCCUUGUGUAGAUGCCAGCGGCAACGUUUUGGUUAACGAGUUCGACACUUUGAAAAACUGGAAGCGCUCAUACACGAUGGAGACAGUUCUCUUAGAAUUGCGUAAGUCCAUGGCGUCCGCAUCGAACAAGAAGUUGACACAGCCCCCAGAAGGGUCCACAUAUUAA